AUGUCGUCGGACAACAUUGAGCACCUCAAGGGCCUCGUCUCGCAGCUCCAGGCCAAGAUUGAGCGCCUCGAGAAGCAGGCCCAGCAGACGGCGUCGGACGCAAAGCACAAGGUCGGCGAGGCCGUCGACCAGGCCAAGGAUGCCGUCAAGGGAACCAUCGCAGACGCCACUGGCGCCGCGCAGAAGACCCUCACGCCCGCUCAGCACCUUCGCCUCGUCUUGAUGGGUCCCCCCGGUGCCGGCAAGGGCACCCAGGCCCCCAAGAUCAAGGAGACCUACAACGUCUGCCACCUCGCGACCGGCGACAUGCUCCGCGAGGAGGUCAAGAAGGGCUCGGAGCUCGGCAAGGAGGCCAAGAAGAUCAUGGACAACGGAGGCCUCGUCUCUGACGAGAUUGUCAUCGGCAUGAUUGGCUCGCAGCUCGAGAACAACCCCGAGUGCCAGCUCGGCUUCAUCCUUGACGGCUUCCCCCGCAACGUCACCCAGGCUGAGAAGCUCGACGAGAUGCUCGCAAAGCGCAAGCAGCCGCUCGAACACGCCGUCCAGCUCCUCGUCAACGACAACCUCCUCGUCUCGCGCAUCACGGGCCGCUUGAUCCACCCCGCGUCGGGCAGGAGCUACCACAAGGAGUUCGCGCCCCCGAAGAAGCCCAUGACCGACGACGUUACCGGCGAGCCCCUCAUCCAGCGAUCAGACGACACCGCCGAGACUCUCUGGAAACGUCUCGAGACCUACCACAAGCAGACCGACCCCGUCGCUGACUACUACAAGAAGAAGGGCAUCUGGACCGGUGUCGACGCCGCGCAGUCGCCCAAGACCGUCUGGGCCAGCCUCUCCAAGAUUUUCGAGGAGAGCAAGAAGCAGUAA